UUUAGACUUUAAAAUCAUGCGAUCAAGCUCUCACGUAGCUGGAAAUGGCUCAAAAUCGUCAAAAUCCCGCAAAUCAAAAUCAUCUGGUGCAGAAGAAGCAACUAGCCAGAGCCAAAAGAGCAAAAGCAUCAGCAAUAGCAGCGAAGAUUUACUCAAAAGUCUUAAAGACUACCAAUUGACUUUGGAUUCUCGAAAAAAUGACUUCCUAAAAAAAUGGAAGCUGUCUCAAGUUAAGCAAAACGCUUCGCUCAGCGAUUUUGAAGUUUUGCAGACUCUUGGAAUGGGCGCGUUUGGUCGCGUAAAAUUGAUAAAACACAAAAAAACCUCGGAGUACUACGCGAUGAAAGUUUUGGACAAGCGCAAGAUCAUAAAGACCAAACAGUUAGAGCACACUCGCAAUGAAAAAAAGGUCCUGCAGUCAAUAAAUUACCCAUUUGUGGUGACUCUCAAGUAUUUCUUCAAAGACAACUCGUAUUUGUACAUGGUAUUGCCGUUUAUUAACGGCGGUGAGCUCUUCAGUUAUUUGAGGCACAAAGGGAAGUUUACCGAGAAAGUUGCUAAAUUUUACGCAGCUCAAGUCCUGCUGGCGCUUGAGUACUUGCAUUAUUGCGGCUUAGUGUACAGAGAUUUGAAGCCAGAGAAUAUUUUGAUCAGCUGCGACGGAUAUUUGAAGCUAACAGACUUUGGAUUUUGCAAACUGAUCAAAGUCAGGACUUGGACUCUCUGCGGAACUCCUGAAUAUAUCGCGCCAGAGAUAAUCAUGUCGAAAGGCUACGGAAAAUCGGUUGAUUGGUGGAGCUUCGGGGUGUUAAUUUAUGAAAUGACUGCUGGGUACGCCCCGUUUUACUCAAAGGAUCCCAUGAAAAUUUACGAGAAGAUUGUGAAUGGAAAAUUCAAGUUUCCGGGGCAUGUUGGUGAAGAUUUGAAGGACAUCGUUAGCAAUUUGCUCCAGGUAGACUUGACGAGGAGGUUUGGGAACUUGAAAAAUGGAGUUUUGGACAUUAAGAAGCACAAGUGGUUUCAGGGGACUAAUUGGGACUACAUUUAUAAGAAGAAGUUGAAGGCUACUUAUAUUCCGGCUUGCAAGAACGAAGGUGACGCUAGUAACUUUGAUUUCUACGAUGAAACGUCGAUGACGAUUGAGUCCAAGGAUUUGUUCACUAAAGAGUUUGCAGAUUUUUGAAUAAAAGGGUUUAAUAAUUGUUAAACUCACCUUUUAGCUGUUGAAAGUAUCGAUUCAACGCGUCGUGGCAUCCUAGUACACAGUAGAGUUCUUUCGGCGGUAGUAAUUCUUGUGUACCGUUCUGAAAAGUUAUUUUAGGUUUAAUGAUAAUGCUAGUCAAAUUAAUUCGU